CGAUGGCGAAACUGUAAGUGUGAUUCGACUUUCUACCAUCACAGUGUCUGGAAAUAGGGAUGUACUCAAAGGAUCUUUCUGAAAUAUUGUUAUAUUGAACAUUCAGAGCUUUAGAGAAUGAAGAUAAUUGCAAAUCGAUGGGCGUUCACAGUAUGUGGAGGAAUGCUGCUCGUGUGUAUCUUAAUACUAUACGUAACUUCUCGAAGUGAUACACAACAUCAACCGCUCUCCAAAAUCAUCCUAAAUUCCAAACAAGCAUUCUUUAGACUUCAGCACACGUGGUCUGGGGCCACCAACAAGGUGGUCCCAACUGAUCCCAAGACAAUCCUUUGGUACUUUACACCGAGAUAUUUACCCACCAACCUUACAAGCAGGGUUCCUGUAAGUGCCUGCCCUCAAUCCAACUGUUUCGUGACUCGGAAUAGAACAUUUCUGCAAAGCAGUGAAGCAGUUUUAUUUAACGCACAGUACAUCAAGGGCGCCCUUCCACCUCGAAAGGCAGGCCAAGUGUGGAUUUUUCACAACAAUGAGCCACCUUAUCUGUUUGCCAAUGACAGAGAUUUUUACAAACAACCAUGGUCGUCCGCAUUCAACUGGACCAUGACCUUUAGGCAUGAUUCUGACAUAUUCAGGCCGUAUGCUUUACUGAAGAAGAGAAGAACAGUGCCUCUGAAGAACUAUAGUGCUAUUGUCAAGAAGAAGACGAAAUUGGUUGCAUGGAUGGUCAGUAACUGUCUUGACUGGAGCAAAAGAAUAGCGUAUGGCAAGGAACUGCAGAAACAUAUUCCAGUAGAUAUUUAUGGCCUAUGUGGGAAAAUGACAUUUCGCAGAGAGCAAAAUAAGGAUUGGCUAAAAUACGUAAACGAAACCUACAAAUUUUAUCUUGGAUUUGAAAAUAAUUAUUGUAAGGACUACAUAACUGAGAAGUUUUUCAAUAACUUUAACCUUGACCUUGUGACCGUGGUUCGCGGCGGCGGUAACUACAGCCGUGAUGCUCCACCAGGUACAUACAUCAACGUUGACGACUUCCAGUCUCCCAAGCAUCUGGCUGAACACUUAUGGUUUCUACACAACAAUACUGAUAAGUACAUCGACAUCCUUAAACGCAAAGAGGAAUAUUAUUAUGAAGCAGAAGAGUACCUCUACGUGGAUCCUGGAGGAUCUCUGUUCCUUGAGCACUACUAUGAACAGGAGUCUUUAUGUGAAAUUUGUAGGAAGCUAAACAACAUUGAAAAUCACUCGAAAACUAUACCGGACAUUAUUCCAUGGUGGAGAGAUGGUAUUUGUAGAAAUCCUACAAAACCCUUUUAAACCAGAGUUUGACUGUUUACAUGCACAGUGAAAAACCUCAUUAAUCGGGACUAUGCUCGUGAGUACCCAUAAAAUAAAUAUAAAUAUAAAUAUGCAUGCAUGCUCGGCCAAGAUGUUUUUGUACAUAUUCUAUAUUUAUAUGUAUAUGUAUUGUGUUGUUGAAAUAAUUGUGUACCUCUGAUGCCGCUGAUAGCGGCCUGAGCGUAAAUAAAGUUCAGUUCAGUUCA